AUGACCAAGCUUGCGCUCAACUCCCCGCCGGAGCGGCGGUACGAGAUGGCGGUGAUGGUGUGGCACACGGUGGCCAUUCCAGUCGCCCUUGCUGCUUUCUUCCUCUGCUGUGCGUUCCCGCCGUUCUGGCCAUUUAUUCUGUACUAUCUGGUGUUCAUGUGGCUUGAUCCCCGGCCCGAGAGGGGCACAGUACUAACUCCGUUUCAACGGUGGACCCGCCAGGCGUGGUGGUGGAAGAGUUUUGCCAGCUACUUUCCCGUGCGCCUCCACAAAACUGCUGAUCUCAAGCCAUGCUUUGAGAUCAACCCCCGCAACGACGCGGGCCAGACGGUCAAAAACGUCCUCAAGUGGUGGUACAAGAUCCUAGUUUGGUGGUACUUUGUUAUAACCUUCCGCUCGUACCGGCUGGCGCCUAAAGCAACCGGCCAGCGCUAUAUUUUUGGCUACCACCCGCAUGGGAUUAUCGGUAUGGGCGCUGUGGGCGGGAUAGCCACGGAGGGUGCGGGCUGGUCGAAGCUGUUUCCUGGAAUCCCCGUGCGGCUGCUCACUCUGCGGUCCAACUUCUUCCUACCGUUCUACAGAGAAUACUUGCUGUCAAUUGGCGCCUGUUCUGUAUCUCGAAGCAGCUGCAUGCAGCUGUUGCGUAAUAAUAAUCCUAUCUGCAUUGUUCUGGGGGGUGCUCGCGAGAGCCUGCUUGCAAAGCCGGGCAAAAUGGAUCUCAUUUUGAACAACAGAUUCGGGUUUGUCAAAAUCGCGCUGCGAACGGGCGCUUCAAUGGUGCCUGUGCUGGCCUACGGUGAAACAAACAUCUACCAGCAGCUCAACCCAGAUAACAGCGAUGGGCCCCUGCAAAAGUAUCACAAGUUCAUGACAAAGUAUAUGGGGUUCACUAUUCCUCUAUUUCAUGCUCGCGGUGUGUUCAACUACAAUAAGGGCAUUUUGCCCUACCGCAACCCAAUAGACAUUGUGGUUGGCGAUGCAGUCGAUAGGUAA